GCAACGUUACGCGAUGACGCAAUUUCUGCCUCGUUGGAGGGUGAUUUCAGCAGGAAACCGAAAAAAAAGAGAAAAACAGGGAAGAAAGACAGACCUGAGCACACAGCCGUGUUUAUUCUUACCAGCAGUUUACACCGCAAGUACGCGGAUCAUCGAAUGAUGUCGCUGAGGGAGGAGCUGCAGGACUCGGAGGGUCCCGACCUGUUCGGACUGCUGUUUCCAGAUGAAGAUCCUGGAGCUGAUGAUUUCUUCUUCUCUGACGGGAGUAACCUGAUCGAGGGCCUGCUGUCUGAACAGGACAUGUUGAGUGCAGUGGACACAGAGGAUUUCCUCAGUCAGUUGCUAGGUGAGGAGGAUGACGGUUUCACCGCGCAGCGCGUCUCUCUCUCUCCGCUGGGGAGCGACAGCGGCAUCUCAGACGACCCGAGCUCGAGCCCCCACAGCGAGCCUGAGUGUGUGAUGGAGGGCGUGGUCGAGGGCGUGGUCGAGGGCGUGAUGGAGUGUUACGAAGCCCAGGUGGUGGAGACGGAUCACUGUUACGCCUUACACAGCGUCCGCACCGACAAACCCGACACUGACGUCUUCAUCGACCUCGAUGAUAUGGACGAGAGCCUCAGUACUGAUGAGUCCAGUGAGCUGCCCUGCUCUCUCACUAUCGAGGAGUCCACGCUGAGCAACAAGCUCGACCACAUGUUCAGCUUUAAGGAGAUUGAGCUGACUGAUGAGGAGCGGCGACUUUUAGCCAAGGAGGGAGUGACCAUCCCAACACACAUGCCUCUCACCAAGGCGGAGGAGAGAUCUCUGAAGCGGGUGAGGAGGAAGAUCCGGAACAAACAGUCUGCACAGGAAAGUCGCAAGAAGAAGAAAGUGUACGUGGAUGGACUGGAGAACAGGGUUGCUGUGUGUACAGCUCAUAAUCAGGAGCUGCAGAAGAAAGUGGAGCUGCUGCAGAAACAAAACAUGUCUCUGAUGGAGCAGCUGAGGAAACUGCAGUCCAUAGUGAAGAUGAGCACCAUGAAGACCAGCACCACCAGCACCUGUAUCAUGGUGUUCUUGCUGUCAUUCUGUCUGAUUAUUUUUCCGUCCAUCAAUCCGUUCGGCGGUUCCGCGCAAAAAGACCUGUACACUGCCUCGACAGGCAUGUCUCGAGCUCUGCGUUCGUACCCCACGAUGCCCAAAAGUGAGGUCAUCACCAGCCCUAACGAGGUGAUGGAGGAGGGGGAGGAGCUGGUGCUGAUGGUGGAGAAUAAUCAGAUCCUCCUGAAUCAGACGCCCGACUACCAGCAGCUCGACCAGUCCGACUCCGAGACGGCCGUCAACAGCAACUCGUCAUCCGACUUCCCGUCCGGCACCGUCACACACCCUCACACACAGACACACGCGCGCUCGGACCCGGCGGCGCCCCCGGUGGUGUAUGACGGUCAGAGUGCGGGUAAAGAGAGUUGGCUGGAGCAGACGGCUACUGCGGUCAUUAUACAGCAGCAUCGCUCUGACGAGAUGUAGACACACACACACACACACACACACGGGACAGAGUGGAAUAUUAUUCUUUUAUUCUUUAAUUUAAUCUGCUGUGAUUGGGCGUGCUCUGAUAAUCAGACGUCACUGUGUUUAGUGACUCUCUCAGUAAAGCAGCGUACUGAUGCAGCAUCCAUGCGCCUGAGAUGAAAUUAUAACCAACAAAAAAAAAGUGUUAUUUUGAUCAUUUAAGGAUUAUUGCAUAAAUCCACUCGCCAGAUAUUCGGAUGUAUAAAUUUUGGCACCCUGAUAAAGGGUAAGAUAAAAGGGGGUUUUACUUUAGGGUCCCUACUUAUACUGCACUGUUUGUUUGUUUGUUUGUUUGUUUUUAAACAUUUAUGCACUUUCUUUACAUCCACGUCCCUCCGCUAGCGGACACACAGCAGCGCUACACAUUUCUCAGAAGGACUAAACAUUUCUCAGAAGGAGGUGUCAGUGGGUGUGAUGAUGAUGUGUGUUUAUAUUAGAGCUGUAGCAGGGCAUUCCACACCAUCAUCACCAUCAUCAUCACCAUCAUCACCAUCAUCGUCAUCAUCACCAUCAUCGUCGUCGUUGCAGUACUUCAUAAUUUUCCCUUUCAGUAAAAGCGGAUGAAAGUUUCCUGUGUGUGUGAUGAAGGACGUGCGGUGGAUCCACUCAGGAAUCCGGACCUGUUGUGUAAAUAAUCAUGUAAAGGGAAGAUCUGUGUCAAAUAAAACGGUGUCAUCGAUCUCUUGCUCAUUUUAUAAACGGAUCCGUGCUGUAAAUAACGCUUCGGGUUUAAACCGUACAUCUGCUUCCUGUUACUAUGAAUGUUUAUUAGUGAUUAUGGGCGAUGUGCUUUAUUUUUAUUGAGUUUUUUUAUUUACCUGCUGAUUAUUUUGGACGUUGCACUGAUGUGUUAGUGCUCCAAAUGUUUAAUGUCAUUUUAAUGUAAAUGUUAUUGAACGAGCUGAUUAAAUAAACAUUCCUUUAUUAUAUAAAA